CUCUGCUUCACAACCUCUUAUUCAUUCUAUCAUCUUCUACAAACUCACUCUCCCCAAAACCCAACCUUGAUCUUACUCUGGUUCGAGACUCGAACCCGAUCUAGUCAUUGGCUCAAAGCAGACUAAGUUCGAGACUCGAACCAUUUUUAAAAAAUGAGACCUUUUUGUUUACUAUUUACAUUGUUUUUAGCAUUACAAAAAGUAAAAUCUUUUCCAAGGCAACCAAAGCUUCAUGACUUCAAAACAAAACUUCACCGACAUUUCAUGAUUUCAUCUUCUUCUACUGAUGAUGUAAAGAGUUUGGGUCGGGUGUUUUACCCAACUGGAUAUGGAGCAGACCCAAGUGGUGUCCAGGAUAGUACGGCGGCUAUAAUGGCGGCAAUAACAGAUGCUGCCGGAAUUCAAAAUGGGCAGCAGUUGUUGGCCGGAGUCAACGACUUGGGUGGUGCAACUGUUGACUUACAAGGUGGCAGCUUUAAGAUUUCUAAGCCAAUUGCUAUUCCUCCAAAUUCAGGCAAUCUUGUGAUACAAGGUGGUACAUUACGAGCAUCCGACACAUUUCCAACCGACGGAUACCUUAUCGAAUUGCACUCACCAAGCUCUCCAAAAACCACAACCCACGAAUCCUAUGACCCUUUCUCCGAAACAAAAGUCAGAAACGAACCAAUCUACUACGAAGACAUUACCUUUCGCGACAUCCUUUUCGAUUCAAGUAACAUAGGUGGAGGCCUACUCGUGAUAGACUCAGCACGAACACGAAUCAACAAUUGUUUUUUCCUACAUUUUGUCACCGAGGGAAUACUAGUCGAACGAGGUCAUGAGACGUUCAUUUCAAGUACUUUCAUGGGAGAGAUUCCAACGAUUGGUGGAGACGAACACGAGAGGAAUUUUUUAGGAACAGCCAUUGAUCUCGCUAGCAACGAUAACGCGGUUACUGAUGUGGUUAUUUUUUCGGCCAAUAUUGGUAUUGUCUUAAGGGGUCAAGCUAAUAUUAUCAACGGGGUCCAUUGUUAUAAUAAGGCUACAUAUUUUGGGGGAAUUGGGAUUUUAAUAAAAACAGGACAAAAUCGUGUAGAUAAUUGUUAUAUGGAUUAUAAUUCUAUAAUUAUACAAGAUCCUACACAAGUUCAUAUUAGUAACGGGUUUUUUCUUGGGGGUGGUAACGUUGUUUUAAAAUCGAUAAGUGGUAAGAUAUCGGGGCUAAAUAUUAUCAACAAUAUGUUCACUGGAGACGACUCUAGAGAUGUUGUGGAACUAGAUGGGGAUUUUGUAAGUGUUGAUCAAGUUGUGAUCGAUCAAAAUAACGCGAAAGGCAGGAUGAGAUUGAAAUCGACGAUUGGGAAGAUGUCGGUGGCCGGAAACGGGACGAUGUGGAUUGCGGAUUUUUCGACUGUGUUAGUUUUUCCGAACAGAAUAAGUCAUGUUCAAUAUUCGGUUUAUAAUAGUGCAGGGAGUAUAGAAGGGAUGGGAGGACAUGGUGUGACAAAUGUUACUGGAACUAUUGUUGUGGUAGAGACUGAAAAACAAAUGAAUGGGAUUGUGUGGUUUUUAGUUGAUCAAAAUCCGUGAAGUUUAUGAUGUUUUUAUAUUGUUUUUUUUUUUUUCUUUUUUGAUGUUUGUAUAUUCAUUG